AUGUCCGCGGCGGUUGCGUCGACAGUCCCAGCGAAUCUCGCAGCUAACCCCGAUAACCGUAAUUCUUCCCCAAUGGACUCGAAGAAAAAUCCGUUGGACGCAGAAGAUUCUCAGGUGUCGUCGGACUCCAAAGACAUCAAGGCUGACGUCGAUGCGCAAACCUCGCUGGCUCCUCCUUCCCGGUCGGCCAUAGCAUCAUCGGGCGAUACCCCCGACUAUUUCAACUCUGUCCACAACCCCUUCUCCCUGGAACCCAACCCGUUCGAGCAGUCCUUCGGCGGUGGUGGUGCCGGGGGUGGCUCUUCUGGCGACACUCCGGGAAAAUCGAUCCUCCCCCCGGUAGCAGCGCUCACUUCCCCUGCUUUGCCGGGUACUUCUUCCGCGGGAGGCGGCUAUAACUGGUCCAACUCUCUGCGAUCGGGACCUCUCAGCCCUGCGAUGCUUGCAGGUCCCACGGGGUCCAGUGAUUAUUUCGAUAGCAUCGGAAGAGGCUUUCCGACACCCAACGAGUCAUCUCUCCGUACGGGUCUGACGCCAGGUGGCAGUGGCUCUAUCUUUCCCGCCCCGAGUCCCAAUUCCCAGGCGCUCCUGCAGCAACUGCAAAGCGGGGGUGCGACUCCCUCCACCAUUGAAUUCCACCGCACCGCCCUGAACGCAGCCAAGAAGAACGGCCUCGGCGGUCCCACGUCCAAUCCCACUUCCGAUCCUAACCAAGGAAACCCGAACACCACGAUGGAUAUCAAAGGGAACCAGCCGGCCGGCGUCGAUCCUUUCGGUCAUCACGACGCUGCCGAUGCUGCGAACGGGCUCUUCAUGCUCGCCAAGGGCGGCCAGCCCAACCCCAACCAGUACCCCGUGCCCACCUCGGUUCCUCCACAGAAUAUCCAGAACAUGGAUCAAGCGCGCGCUGCCGACCGGAUGAAUGGUGGCGGUAGCCGAGAAGGUAGCGGCGAUGCCUCUGACGCUCAAAACGAACAAGCGAAGCCCGCUACGAAAGGCAAGUCGAAGAAGGCGGCGGCGACAAAAUCCACUGGUGCUGCGAACAACCGGCGCAAGGCCGACGACUCAGCCGCCAAGGGUCCCAACAAGAGAGCAAAGACGAGCAAUGGUGCUGGCAGCGUCGAACCUUCGGAUGAGGAGUCUGAUGAAGAGGACCAGAAGAAGAAGCCCCAGACCGAUACAAAGAAGAUGACCGAUGAAGAAAAGAGAAAGAACUUCUUGGAGAGAAAUCGGUACGUUUGCGCAAUAUUAUGCCUUUGCCACUACGAGAUCCGAUCCACUAACAGCAGUAUCAAUAGGGUCGCGGCGCUCAAAUGUCGACAGCGUAAGAAGCAGUGGCUUGCUAACCUGCAAGCGAAGGUGGAGCUCUUCACGUCCGAGAAUGAUGCUCUCACUGCAACAGUCACCCAGCUACGCGAGGAGAUUGUCAACCUCAAGACACUACUGCUUGCCCACAAAGAUUGUCCUGUUUCUCAAGCCCAAGGCCUUGGUCCCAUAAUGAUGAACGGUGGCAUGUCGGCUGGGUUUGAGUCUCACCCGUACAACAUGCCUGGCAAUAUGGGAAUGCAACCCGGCGCUCCUAUCCCUCCCCAGGGACUUCGACGACAGUAA